CGCACAUUAGACGGUAGACAGUUAGCACCGACCUUUUCAUCUAUAACGUAAUAAGCACAGCAUUACGAGCCGCAUAAGUGUUGCGCUUUGAUCAGUGAGUGAAAUGGGGGUUAUUAUUAUCAUGUGCUUUAUAAAACAUGUAUUAAGUCGGCAGUGUUGUAGUUUACAGCCCAAAUGAUCCGGAGUCGUUGAUGAAGAGUAGCACCUCGAUAGUGGAGGGAGUCGGGCUAUCGCUUUUCGGAAUCUAUCACGUCGUCAUCAUCAUCGUCCUCAUCAAUAUGCUGAUCGCCAUGAUGAGCCACUCGUUCGAGGAUAUUCAGACCGACUGUGAUGUAGAGUGGAAAUUCGCCCGGACCAAGUUAUGGCUGAACUACAUGGACGAGGGCAGUACCCUACCCGUGCCAUUUAACAUGAUCCCAUCCAUUAAGUCCUUCUGUUAUCUGUGGAAGUUCUGCAGAUACUUAUUUGCAAUGGCUGAUAGUAACUGGUUGGUUUACCAGAAAGCUAGAAAACAGACGUUUAUCAAGAAAAGACGAGAAAAUAUUUGCAAGACGUUGGAACUGAAAACUGACAAUACCUCUUAUUCCGAAAUGAUACAGCGACUCGUAAAGAGAUAUCUGUUCAAGCUGGAAAGAAUUAAAGACGAAAAGGAAAGCCUAAAAGAUGGCGGACCAAACAUCCGAUCUGAGGAGGUGGAGAUAGCAGAGACUAAUGACACACCGCCUCCAGUACCAAACGCGCCCAACAGAAUACAGUACGCUACUCCUCCAACCAUACACGAGGAGGAGGAGGACGGAUGCCCUAUGAUGAACAAAUCAUCCAGAGCCCAGCCUCCUCGACGGAAAGGUGUUAACCGGCGGACAUCCAAUCCGGCGGCGCCCGCCCCCACCACACUGGUGAUUCCACAACUUGAUGCCAUCCAACGAUCGCAGAAACUACUUGAUGUGCGCUUACAACACCUUCAAACGAACAGUAAAAUGAAUACAAGGAUCAUCGACGAUAUAGAAUUUUUGAGAAGAGUAAUGAACGAAAACCAGAAAGCGUUGUGCAACAUAAUUCAAGCUUUAGGAAGUAUGCAAUGUGAAAUCGUGAACCUUGUAAAAUGUUUUGCGCCAGUACCUACACAGAACCAAAACAAUGUACCCAACACUCAUUCUCAGCAAAACUCUAUCCACAGAUUUGGUAGUGGAAAGAAACGUCCAAGUCACGUGACUGAUGAUGAUGAGAGUGAAGUGUGAUUGUUUUCACGGGUGUAGUAUAUUUAUUCAGGUUUAUCACAGCGAGACUGCGAGGUCAGACACUGACGUUUCGACUGUCCAAAUUUGUUGUUUUCUCUCUAUUUUAUGUGAUAUGAUGUUCAUGCACAAUACUUUCCAUUGUAUUUACACUUAUUCCUCCCAUAUGUUUCAAAUAGGUAUUUAAUAGUAUUUGUUGUUUCAAUAGCUAAAACACAAAAGCAGUAGUAUCAGCGACGCCAUUUUAACAAUUGUACAUGGGAAGUAACUAUCGGACAUAUAAUAUAACAGGGAACAUAACCAACUCAUAUGAACUAACUUGUCUGGUAUAACAUCUGUUAAAACAUUGAUACAUCGAUUACUAAAUGAUGGCAAUAUAUAAAGCGCAUGUAUUAUCUAUAACAAAAACCUCAGCACGUUAUCCCAGGGGAUUGUUGUUCAUCACAUGAUCAUGUGUGUAUCUACAAUGGUGAUUAUAGAUAUACCAAUAGCCAUGUGAUCAUCGCUACAUCUACACUGUGGCCGAGCGCGGGUCGUUCAUGGUCAGCAUUUACUUGGUUAGAUAUGGCCCGUUUGGGAUCAAGUAAUACUGUUUGAGAUUAUGUAAUACUGUUAAGGAUAAUGUAAUCUUGUUGUGAUAUAUUGUAUACAUAUAUAGCGGGAGUGAUGAUAAUUGUAUUUGGGAUUAUGUAUAAUAUAAUUGUGUUUUGGAUUUAGUAAUAGGUAUGAUUUACUCGUGUUGACGUUAUGAUAUAUGUAGCUGGCGUGUUGACUUAUUUCUAGUUUUCUACGAUGUACCAUUAACCGUUUGAGUGUAUGUGUUUAGUGCACGUAAACAGUAGCGUAGAUUGAUGGCUGACGUACAAACACGACCUCGGGGACAUUACAUUUGAGGUCCUUGUGUAAUUGUUUAGUAAUGGUAAAAUGCACCACCAUAUCACCUUUUAGAUGCUCACUGAUUUACCUGUUACUAUUAUUGCUAGCAAGUCACUUCAAGAUUGAUAGUUUGUUUCUGAUUUUCACAUUUGAAUUCCUACUGCUGGCAAUUAUGGUCCCUGUCGUAUCGCUGACAUUGUUUCUGACUUCUACAUUUAUAUCAUUACAGCUAGUCAUAGAUCCAGCAAACCACUCUAAAGUCGUUCAUGCUUAACAAUAACUUUGUGGAGACCGAGCAUGAUAUUCAGAUUUUGAACAUAUGUAACCAUGUAGAGUUAACCGUAGAACCCAACGAAUCCCAUUACGAUCUCUUUAUAUAUGUUUCUUAUUAAUUCUAGCCAAUAGGCACUAGUAAGUCCUAACGCCUUCCGUGCUUCUAAAUGGAAUGCCAUGUAUUUACUGCUAGCCCGGACACAAAACUCUCAUUUCUGUUUGCAACGUUUCUAGUUAUAAGGUCCGUGAAUUAUUCCAAUGUUCUCCACAUUUGUAAUUAUUAGUUUCUAGUCACAUGGUAAAGUAAGUCACUGUUAUGUACAUGUAUAUGUUUAAUUCUUAUCAUAGGCCGGAGCAAAUUGCUAAUAGAUUUUCUGGUAAUUUCAUGUGUAACUCUUGACUCACGCUAGGAAUUUUCUUGGUUUUAAUAUGUAACUAUUUGUAUCUAGUCCUAGGUACCAGUCAAUGACGAAGAUAUUUUUCUUUUAUAUGUUAACUUCUUACCGCUUCCCACUUAACAAACCACUAUUGUUUUCUGUUAAUAAGAUGACUAGUAAAUAUUGCUCCGUUUUUUAUGACUGUAGCCUUCUAGCUAUGGUCAUAGAUACUAGCAAAACAGAGUGUAGUUUUUUUGUUUUGUUAACCUGUAUCUAUUUAUUUGAACCUAACUGUUUUAAUGGCAAGAAAAGCAGUAAGUUUGUUUUGUAAGUUGUUCAUUCUUUACUUCAUUGAUUGUUUACUUUGGAUGUGUACAUUUCUUAUAAAGGCACGGCACCUUA